CUAUAUAUACCAACUUUAGAAUGGCAUCCCAGUCAACCUUAUCCUUCAAGGUCCACUCUGUUGGCGCAGUGCGCCGAAGCUCAUUCGGCAAAAUGACUGCCUGGUUCUUGUUCUUCAUCGCGUUGUUCAACAUUUUCAGUGGUAGUGUUUGGGCGAAUCUCAGUUUAGAUCAGUCUAACGAGGAUGUUAUUAAGGUAGAAUCAGAGGACGAUGGCGUGGGUCAUGUUCCAGAACGUCUGUUGACUACUAAUGAUUCGGAAUGUGAACGUGAUACUCAUGUGGAUGAUGGGAAUGUUUCUUUAAAAGGUGAAUGUCCAUCUGAGAAUGUUUCGCAAAUGGGUUUUUUAGAGGAAACCAAAGUUGACGAUUUAUCAUCACAACUAAGGCCAGAUGCCCACGAAGGAAAUCAAUCUGAACCGUUGAAUAGUGAUGAUCAUAUAGAACGCAACGGAAAUGGCAUCCAUAUUACACUUGGACCUCCAUUUGGUCGAUUUGGCGGGAAAAAAACUGUGGAGGUGGAUGCGAUGCCACUUGUUGAAGAAAACCUCAAAAAGGUGAUAGAUCGUAUCUGCAAGUACCGUCCAACCAUGAGAGAACAGAAGCCAUAUGUGGAACUGGUUCAAACCCUCAAAAACAUUACGACCAUUGAGCUCCCAGCUGAUAUAGCUUACGAUCUAUGGAAACGUGGUAACCAGUUUAAAGGGACUUUCUUGUUGGAUAUAAAAAUACCCGAUCUUUUGUGGCAUCUUGCUAAGAUGUUAGCGGAGGAUGCAUAUGCCUCUAAUCUAUCCGACAACGGAAAGACUAAGUCAAAGAAUUAUCACUGCAACAUUCUUAUGGAAUACCUCUGUCAAGCAGCGCUAGAUCGCUAUGAAACUUGGCAGGAACGAGAAUAUACAUUGGAGGCAAAAAAAAUUUCAAAUUUUCUCUCGCGAUUAAAUUGCAAAAAAACAAAAGGCAAAUUAGAAAUGUAGAUUAUUUUAUCACGCCCUUUAUCACGGUUAAUGAGCCAAU